AUGGAGGCGGCCAAAGUGCGGGCGCAGCUCAACGUUAAGACGGAGCUGAUUGAAGCAGAGCUGGUCAAGUGCUUACCACUGCUGGACGCGCGGGUCAACGUCUGCGGGCACAGGAUUGCGGCGUUGGAGCAAGAUAUCGAGGACAUCAAGCAAACAUUGAAGGCCGCCCUGCUGCUUCACAACUCAAACUAA